CUUAACCUCACUUGUCUGCUUCUGCUGAAUGGGUUAUGCAAUAGGACAACUUUUGGCGGCUAUGCUCUUCCACUCCAUCAACUAUGGCGCUGUCUGUACUUUUUCAUCAUUAGCAUUGCUCCUGCUUUUCUCGGCAACGAUCGCGGCACAAUGCGGAAAGAAGAAAAAGAAGGACGCGAAAGGCAAGACGAAGGAUACUGUUGAAUUGGCAGCACCAGCUGAGGAGACUCCCAAAAAGGAAGAAGAAGCAGCUAAUGAACCCAAAGGCAAGAAGAAAAAGAAGAAAGGAGCUGCUGACAAGGACAAGGCGAAAAAACCGGCGCCAGCAAAAGGGCCAGUAUUGAAGGAGGAAGGAAAGUCUGAGGGAAUUGGUCAAGGAUUGGCAUAUCAAACGCUCGGGAACUUGGAUAAGGACAUCUUCUUGCAAGGAGCUCCAGGAAAACCGGGACAGGCGCCACCACCUCCAGGCGGCGGAAAAGCACCAGCUGCAGCCGGAGGACCAAAGGAAGUCGAUGAGGGGAAACAGGAGGGUAUCGGACAGGGCCAAGACUACCAAACGUGGAAUCAGCUGGAUCAGAAUGUCUUCGUCAAAAGCAAAGGGGGUGCUGUGCCAUCUGAUCUUAUGAGCAGAAACCCGAAUGAAGGAGCGCCGCGUGAGGGUAUUGGACAGGGGCAGGACUACCAAACAUGGAAUGCUCUAGACCAAAAUGUCUUUGUCAAAGACGGAGCAAAGGGCGGCAAACAGAACAAGGCUGGCGAUGGAUCAAAGGUCGAUGAGGGGACGCCGCGUGAGGGUAUCGGACAGGGUCAGGACUACCAAACAUGGAACUCGCUUGAUCAGAAUGUGUUCGUGAAGAAGUGA